UUCUCAAGAAAGCAGCCUUCUGCUUGUGCUCCUUGCUGCACUGCCUUCCCAAGACGAGCGAGUUUGAGAGAGUAGUAUCAGAUCUUGGAUGUAGUAGGCAGGUUAGGUGUAGGCCCAGCCGUAGGAUCCUCUUAGUCGUGCAAUCCUGGUGUGACUAAGCUUGAGAUCCCGGUUCUAGGGUCAUACCCUAGUCUUAGUUUUCUUCUAGGCUCUGUUUGUAGCCAAACUACACACUAAGCGGCAGUUUGGAUCCCACAAUCAUGCUGGGAGACAGAAGAGGAGCAACGUCCCGGAGGGGAAUGACUGUGCUCGGGAAGAUACCUGCCGUUCCAAAACCGAUAAACCUUCCGAGCCAAAAGCUUGAGAACAAAGGGCUAGAUCCAUCAGUCGCCCUUGUCCCGCGAGGAAGUCUCACAUGGGGAUCCAACAAACCCACCGCUCCCUCCGCUUGGUCUGUUCCCGAAUCCGCUCCGCCCGCCCCUCCUUCCGCGUGGAAGCCGCCUGGCGCAGAGCAAUCUCCCCCACCUCCGUCCGUCGCCACGUGGCCUCAGCCCAAUGGAAAUCCAUCUCCAGUCAACCGCUCCCCUGUCCCUCCGUAUCCUCCGGGGCCCUCACCUCAAGGUCCCCCUGCUUCAGGACCGUCAGGUUUGGGGCCUUUAGGUCCGGGUCCGUCAGCAGGUCCGGGAGCGUUUCCGAGCCUGAAUCCUGACCGGAGGAGCCCCGUCCCUGGAGGUCCGGAUUCGUCGUACCAGCAGCAGCAGCGGCCACCUCCGCACCAUGAGGGGGAGCCUGGCGCAUCCGGGUACCCGCAGUGGGUGGGACAAGGGCCAGGGGGUCCGCGCGAAGGGCCGCGUGGGGGAGCGUACGGCGGAACACCGCCAGGUGGUUCGCUGCGCAGCUCACCCACACCCUCUGCGUGGUCAACUUCCACCGACCGACAUGGCGAAUCGGACGGCAAGGGAGGCCAGUUUCAUCUGUCGGCGGGAGAUUUCCCGUCGCUUGGGUCCGAGCAGGCCAAGCAGCAACAGCAGCAGCAGGAGCAGCAGCAGCAAGAGGGACCGCGUCAUCCGAGCGAGCAUGAGGAAGCGGGGUAUUACAGAGAGAAGGGCGACGGGCAGGAGCAGGGAGAGCACGGGCAGCGUGCUGAAGGCCCCAUGGGAUGGGAUCAGGGCAUGGGGCGCAGGCCUGGCCCGGGACCGGAGCAAAUGAUGCCCGCGCGCUGGCACCCGCACCCCCCUGGCCCAGGGGGCUUUGAGGACGGCCCCCCACACGGGCUCUGGCCUCCGCACAGGAACGACCGCAUGCCUCCCCCUCCUGGGGACACGUGGCACCGCGGUGGCCCUGACGGAGACACGUGGCGGCAUGGAUCUGGUGGGGCCGGCGGGGAGGGGGGCGGCGGAGGUGGAGGCGGAGGAGGGGGGGCGUCGUGGCGGAGGGCUGAGGGGGUCGUUGGGCGGUCCCCGCCUCCGCCGAGUGCGGGCGGGGGGGCGGAGAUGUGGCGGGAGAGGGGUCCAGAGAGUGAAAGCUGGCGCGGGGGGGGACCAGGAGGAACAGGUCCAGGCGCGAGUGGCGCAGCAGGAGGGGGAGGACCGGGGGAAAACUGGCGGGGCCAUCCGCCAGGGAUGGCCCCGCCUAUGGGGUAUGGGCGCGGGGGACACCCCAUGUACCGCGGACCAGAAGGCCCGGAGUUAGGGUUUGCGCACGGGGCGGGGCGGGGAGGGCCUCCGCCUGGCGGAAUGUACGACGGGCACAUGCGUCCCGGUAUGAUGCCCCCGCACGGGUAUGGCAUGCACAUGGAUCCGCGGGGAGGAGGGAGGUUCGGCGCGCGGUAUGGCCCUGGGCAUGGACCUGGCGCGGGGAUUCCCCAUGGUCCGCAAGGGAGAGGCGCAGGCCCGCCUUUUGACAUGCCCCCUGGAAUGUUUCCCCCACCCCCGCCGUUUGACCAUUUCCACGCGCCGCUAGGGCAGGUUCGGCCGCCUUUCCGCCCCGGGGGCGCGCACGAGUUCAUAGGCGCGGGGCGGGGAGGUCCGCAAGGGUUCGACGGGCGCGGGGGCAUGGCGCGGGAACAUGCGGGGCGUGGGCACGGUCGUCCGCCCAUGGAGCCGUACGGCUCGCGCGGGGACUUGGGCGCAGGGGACGGAUGGCAGGGGCAACCCCCCGCACCUGGGGCGGCUGCGGACGAAGGGAAGCGGCGGGGAGGUGAUAUUGGAGAGGCGCAAGAUGGUAAUGACGGGCAGCGGAAGGGGCAGGAGCUGUCGCAGCAGCAGCAGUCACAGCAGCAACAGCAGUCACAGCAGCAACAGCAGCAACAGCAGUCACAGCAGCAGCAGCAGCAGCAGCAGCAGCAGCAGCAGCAGCCGUCGCAGCCGCAGCGACCAUACCAGAAGGAUCACCACAUUGGGAUCGACUGGGCCUCUGCAGAGAGCGAAACCAUGGACUUCUCAAAACCCGCGUUUGAAGAUGACCCGUUUCUCGGUAGAGCGCCUGAAGUGAGUCCGCGUGGGACGGAUGGAGGGAGGGGGGGACAGGGGCAGGGAGCUCCGUGGGGUCGGGAAAGUGGGAGGGGCGCGGAAGGCGCUGCGCGGAUGCAGCCGGAGCAGGUGCGCAUUCUGAAGCGGCCGGAGGGAGGGGGGGCUGGCGCAGAUGGUAUGGCACAAGGGGUUAGUGCAGGUUCUGGGGGUGCAGGUGGGGCUGGGGGUUUUGGUGCUGACAGGAAUAUAUCUGGCGAAGCGGAGACAGCCGCAAGCGGAGGGAAGGGAGCAGAGAAGCCUGCGGCUGCUGCUUUGGGACAGGUCGCUUCUAGGCAGGUCGCAUCUGGGCAGGUGCCACCAGCGCAGACAGCAGCAGGCGGGCCUGCAGCGGGCAUGGGCGGUCAGCGCGCAGGGGCAGGAGGGGUGUCACUUGCCAAGAGCCCGCGUCCGUUUAGCCGAGGCCCUCUGCGCUCGCCGCGGGAGGCGCCCCAGGGAAAAGGUGCGCCGGCUCCUGAUCGCAGUGUUGCACCUGGUUCCGCCCCUGCUGCCACUCCUGCCACUGCUCCUGCUGCUCCCUGUGUCACUGCUCCUGCUCCUGCUGUGGCUGCGGCUGCGGCUGCGGCUGGUGGCAAUGUGGUUGAGGGAGGUUCGGCUGUGGGGGCAGGGCAGGUAGACGCGAGAAAGCAGGUCCAAGCAGGUUCGGGAAUGGACAGCGCAGCAUCUCAGAAGGUCCAGGGUGCGCCGGCGGGAGGAAAGCAGGGAGGUGCUCAAGCAGCAGGAGCAGGGAAAGGCGCUGGGUCAGUGCCUGUGCCUGGGGCUGCAGGAGGGGAUGCUAACGCUGCUGCUGCAGGGGCACCCUCUCCCCCACGCGCGGCAAUCCCCGCGCCUGGGCCAGGCGCGCAGGAACAGGUUCCGGAGAGUGGUUUUGCUGCUGCUGGCGGAGCUGGCGCCUGGCGGGGUCGCGGGCGCGGAAGGGAGCAGGGCAGGCUGAGGGGCGCAUGCGCAGGGGAUGCGGACGGGCGCUGGAUCCCAGCGCGGCAGCAGGAGGAGGCUCAGGGUUGGGGGGAAGGGGGCGGGGGAAGAGGAAUGGGCGGAAGGGAGGGAGCUGAGCAGAACCGGAGGGGUGCGAUUGGUAGAGAGGCGGAGAGGGAAGAGCAGGGGCAGCAGAGUGGGGGGUCAGGGCAGGUGGGGCAGGCGGGUACUGCGGCGGGUAUGGCAGGCGGCAUGGCAGGACAGGGAAGUGCGCCUGAAGCUUCAAGUGCCGAUGCUGCUGCUAAUUCUGCUGUUUCGGGCGCAGCGCAACACCCCAGCGAAGGGUCAGUGGGAGGUGGGGCGGGAGGAACGGCAACGGCAGCAGCAGCAGCAGCAGCAGCAGCAGCAGCAGUAGCUGGGAGCGCCAAGGCGGAGCCUCUUCUCCCGGCGCCGACGUCCAUUCCGCGGAUCAUCAUGGGUCCCCCAAUGCCCCAGUUCCUUGCCCCUGUAGGCCCUCCCCACGGCAUGCGCCAUCCACAGUUCUUCCCCCACCCGCCCUUCCCCAUGCAGCACAACCUUCCGCCCAACAUGGGCCCCAACGCUCCGCCAGGCGCGCGACCCCAGACCAUGCUCCCUGGACAGCAGGUGUUGCCUCUGCACCUUCUUCCGCCAGGCCAUGCGCCCGCGCAUCCCUCUCCCCCGGGUGCGCAUCCGCACGGCCAUCCGCAUGCGCUCCCCCACCUCCACCAGCAUACGCAAGCCCAGGACAGCCUACUUGCGCUCCCCGCGGGAGGGCCCUCUGGUUUCCUUGCGGGGAUGCCAGGUGGGGGAGGCGCGUGGGGCGCACCAGGGGGACAUGGGGGGCCGGGGGGAUCAGGGGGAGGAGCUGGGGGAGGAACAGUUGGGGGACAGGCAGCACCUGGACAGGCGAUAUUUGCGAGUGAAAGGGAUGGCGGAAGGAUAGGGGCAGGAGGGAGCGUGGAGAUGGCGGGACAAGGGGGGGCGGUGAGAGGAGCAGCAGCAGGAGGAGUAGCAGCAGCAGGAGGAGCAGCAGCAGGAGGAGCAGCAACAGGAGGAGCAGCAGCAGGAGGAGCGGCAGGAGGGGGAAGUGGUGGAGGACCUGCGGUGGCAGGAGGAGUGGGCUCUGCUGCGAGCACAAGGAAAGAAGUGACACGUAUUUCCCCUCAGCCGCUCCUGCCACCGACCCAAGCACCAGCGUCCAUUGCAGAACCACCUGCGUCCUCGGGCCCCCACUCCCUACCUCCCUCCACUGCUGGUGCUUCUGGCGCUGGGCCUGCUGCCCCUAUUCCCAUGCCUAAUGAUAUGAGUGCGGGAGAUAAGGGGGAGCUGAGGGAAGGAGCGGGCGGGGGAGGCAGGGGGAAGGGGAAGAAGAGGAGCGGGCAGAGAAGGCACAGGGGUGGUCGGGGAAGGGGAGGGGCGGAAGCUGAUGGGGGGAACGGGGAGGGGUUAGUUGAGGGGGAUGCACCUGCGGCAGCAGGCGGAGGAGGAGCUGGUGGCGACCAAGGGACAGGCAAGCCGCAGCCGCAGCAGCGGGUGGAGCAGCGACAGCAGCAGCAGGUGCAGCAACAGGUGCAGCAGCAGCAGCAGCAGCAAUUGCAACAGCAGCAGCAGCAAUUGCAACAGCAGCAGCAGCAGCAGCAGCAGGUGCAGGGUCCAGUUUCCAGCCAGGAACAGGGGCAGGGGCAGGGGCAGGGGGGAGUCCAGGGGCAGAGGGCACGGCAGCAGAGGAACGGGCGGGCGCAGGGGCAGCAGGAGAAGGGGCGGUCAGAGAGCGAGCAGCAGAGGUCUGCAGCAGCUGCAGCCGCUGCUGCCGCUGCAGCCAAGGUGGCUCUCUCGGGCAUGCGAGGGGGGGCUGGCAGCAGGGAAGGGGGCGCGGGAGGAAAGGAAGGCGGCGGUGGGGAGAAAGGAAAGGAGGGAGGGGCUGGAGCUGGUGGUGCGACAGGAGGGGGGGAGGGAACAGUAGGGGCAGGGGCAGCAGCAGGGGCAACAGCAGGGCGAGCAGCAGGGGGGGCAGCAGGGCCGGCGGCAGCGGGUGCAAGGGGAAUGAGUGCAGGGCCGAGUGCAGGAGUGCCAGCUGGCGGAAGCACUGCAGGGAGUGGAGCAGCAGAGAGUGGGGCGGCAGCAAGUGGGGCAGCAGCGGCGGGUGGACAAGCGCCAAGGGAGCAGGGUGGCGAGCGGACUGCAUGGCAGGGGGCGGCUGGUAGUGUCGCUGCUAUCGUGAGAGGCGCACCUGCUGCUGCAUCCGCGCCAACAGCAGCAGCAGCAGCAGCAGCAGCAUCGGCAACAGGGGCGGGGACAGCAGCAGCAGGCUUGCAGGGGGGUCCAGCGCCAGCAGUUGGAGCUAUGGCUCCUCCUAUGGUGAUGAAUGCCUGGGGGCGGCCGAGAGAGGGGCUGAUUCACAUCACCCCUCCUGCUGGCCACACGGGAGGUAUGCCCAUGCCCAUGCCUAUGCCCAUGCACAUGCCCAUGCACAUGCACCUGGGUAUGGCAAUGCACAUGCCUAUGGGAAUGCAUGUGCCUGUGCUCACUGCACAACAGCUACAGCAGCAGCAGCAGCACCUGCAGCAGCAAUUUCAGCAACACCAACAGCAGCAACUGCAGCAACAGCAGCAACAGCAGCAACAGCAGCAGCAACUGCAGCAACAGCAGCAACAGCAGCAGCAACUGCAGCAACAGCAGCAGCAGCAGCAGCAGCAGCAGCAGCAGCAGCAGCAACAGCAACAGCAACAGCAGCAGCAGCAGCAGCAACCCACUCCGGCAGCAGCAGCAGCAGGAACAGCAGUGGCAUCAUCAGCACCAGCAUCGGCAUUUCAGCCCUCUCAGGCACCUCCGCUGCUCACCCCAUCACCACCCCCAGCUGCUGCCACUUCAACUUCUGCCAACUCAGCUCCAGCUCAGGCUGCUGUUCUGACUGGCUUGUCCACGUCAGCUGCUCCUGCUCGCCAGCGCCGUGCUGAGAUGGAGAGAUAUGUCCCCAAAGGAGCCGCCAAGGUGCCACCUGCUGCUGCUGGCGGUGCUGCUGCCACUGUGUCUGCUCCAACGUCUGCUGCUCCGGCUCCUGCUCCUGCUGCUCCUGCGCCUCCUGCUCCUGCUCCUGCUCCUGCUCCCACUCCUGUCCCCUCGGCCCCUGCUGCUGUUCCCAGUGCUGGUUCUGCUUCUGCUGCUGUGGCUGGGGCUGUGGGACCGAAGGGGCAGGUUGCUGGUGCUGCUGGGGAGGCAGGGAAGCCAGGAGGGGGAGGGGCGAAGGGUGAUGGGGCGCAGGGGAAGGGAGGGGCAAGGGGAGGUCGGGGUGGCGAGAGAGGGGGGCGCGGGGGUAGUGCAGGGGCGGAAGGUUCUGCAGCAGCGGGGGGGGGAGGGGCGGGGAAGGGCGCAGGAGGUCAGUUGGAAGGGGCUGGAAGCGCCGGAGGCGGAUCCGUGGCGGGGGCAGCAAGUGCGGGGGGGCAAGGAGGGGUAGGGGAGGGCUCUGGAGGUGGGCGGAGGCAUGGGGGAAGGCGGGGAGGGUCUGGGGGAAGGGGGGUGAGUCAGGGAGCAGGCAGUGGAGGGGAGGGGGGAGGGGGUGGGGGUGGAGGUGGGGGACUGACAACCAGCAAGGUAGACCCAGGGAAGGCCCAAGCAGGGCAGGCUGCAACCAGUUGGGCUGCUGCUGUUGCUGCAUCCGGUUCUGCUCCCCCCCCUCCGUCUUCUGCUCCUGCUCCUGCUGCAACCCCCAAAGCAUCUGGUAGUGGCGUGGGUGGGGUUAGCACGGGUGCUGCUGGCUCCGCUUCUUCUGGUGCCGCAGCAGCUGGGAGGAGGGCAGACCCCGAGGCUGGGGUGAAGGCCACUGGAGGGGGGAGUGCAACCGCAGGGGGGAAGCCUGUUGGAGCACCCCAAGCCGCUGCACCACCCACCAGACCUGCCAAUCAGCCUCGGCAAGGCUCUGCCGCUGGUGGCCCUGCCCCUGCCAUGCCAGCAGGUAGUGUUGCUGGUCCUGCUGCUCCUGCUAGUGGUUUCGGUGCAAGCAGCAUGAGUGCAGCAGGUGCGGCUGCGGCUGCUGCUGCUGUUACUGCCGCCGCCGCUGCUGCGUCUUCAUCUGGGUCCAUCUCUGCUCGCAUUCGCGAUGCGCCAUCGCAAGGCCGGGGAAUGGGGAGGGGUGGGAUUGUAUGGGGCGGGCGCGGCAGAGGCUUGGUGGGAGGUCCGGGAGGUGGUUCGGGUGUACCAGCACGAGGCUCAGAACGGCCCCGGGAGGUGAUAAAUGCGACGGGAGGGGCGCUGCCUCAGUCUUUGAGGCAGGAUGGCGGUACAGGGGGAGGUGGAUCUAAGGCUUGACUGUGGCUGGCUUGGCAAUGGGCAGCUAAUGGCAGAUGGCAGGGUUAUUGUUUCAUCAAGAGGAGCUCAAUGAGGCUGCAAAGCAUGCAGCCAGGUUUAUCCGAGUUUGGGUCAGAGUGUAUGCUGGUGUUUGAUUAGUAUGAAUUAGACUCGGUGCCUUGCAAAUGUCAAAACACUUUGGGCAUUUUAGGUAAAUGUUUCCCCAUUUACACACUGAUUGAAAGGGAGUACUGUACGUG